UAUUCUCCAUUCUGCAUCGGGAUCUUACGGGGUCUUAUUGGAUUUCUGAAAAACAAUUUUUUUAAUUAAUAAAAAACACUGUAAAUUUUCGCAAAGUCGAUGCCUUUUCUUUUCAAGACAGCACAAUUCACAAACCCUUAAUUGAAUCCGAGAGAGAGAGAGAGAUUAUUUUUUGACAAAUUUAAGUUUGGACCCUGAAGUCCCCACAUAGCUUCUCUGGUUUUGAUGGAUCCCAAGAACUCGAAUCGACACCAAGUACCAAAUUUCUUGAACCCACCACAACCACCACGAAAUCAGGGUUCCGACGAAAACAAGGACGAGAAUCAUCAUAAUCAUCGCAAAUCAGCUGAGGUUAAGGAUUUUCAGAUCGUGGUCGGUUCCGACAAAGAAGCGAACAACAGUAAGAAGCAGCAGAAUCAAAACCAUCAGCUUGGGCCUAAGAGAAGCUCUAACAAAGACAGACACACUAAAGUCGAAGGUAGGGGUCGGAGAAUCAGGAUGCCUGCGCUCUGUGCAGCUAGGAUUUUUCAGUUGACCAGAGAAUUGGGUCACAAAUCGGACGGCGAAACAAUCCAGUGGCUGCUUCAACAAGCCGAGCCGUCUAUAAUCGCAGCCACCGGUUCAGGAACCAUACCGGCCUCUGCUUUAGCAUCUGCUGCUGUCUCUAACCAUCAUCACCAAGGUGGGUCUCUCACUGCUGGUUUAAUGAUCAGUCAUGACCUAGACGGUGGUGGUGGUGGGUCUAGUAGUGGUAGACCAAAUUGGGGAAUUGGCGGCGGAGAAGGAGGAGGAGGAGCUUCUAGGUCAAGUUUACCAACUGGGUUAUGGUCAAAUGUUGCUGGGUUUGGAGCUGGUGUGCAAACCACAGGGAUGAUGAGUGAAGGUGCUGGUUACAGAAUUGGGUUUCCUGGGUUUGAAUUUCCUGGUGUUUCCAACAUUGGUGCUAUGAGUUUUGCAUCCAUUUUGGGUGCUAGUGGUAAUAACAACCAGAUGCCUGGACUUGAGCUAGGGUUGUCUCAGGAAGGGAAUGUUGGGGUUUUGAAUCCACAGUCUUUUACACAGAUUUAUCAACAGAUGGGUCAAGCACAAGCUCAGGCUCAGGCUCAGGCUCUGGCUCAGGCUCAAGGUAGGGUUCUUCACCAUACUCUUCAUCAUAACCCAUCACAUGAAGAUCAUCAGCAAGAGAGUGGUGAGAAAGAUGAUGAUUCUCAAGGCUCAGGGCGUUAAAACAUUGAUAUUCCCUUCUGGAUUUGAAAAGCUUGUGGCUUUUGUUUUGUGAUAAAAUUUUUGUAAGUGUACAACUAUGGCGAAGAACAGAGAAAAAAUGGGUUAAAUACUGAGUGAGAGUGGUAGUCUAUACUUAUUGAAACCUCUGCAAAAACACAGGUGAGCUGAUUUCAACUUUCAGAGGAUGAUGAUACAAGAGAGACUCGAAGAGCAAAUUUUUGAGUGUUUGUGACAUUUUCUUUUUGGCGGUUGUUGUUCGAAACUUGCAGGUGGAGUUUGUUGAUAGACACAGCCAGAGAUUUUUUUGCCCUUUUUUUUAAAGCUUUGGAGUCUGUCUUAAGUUUGAUCCAGAGAGGCUUGUUUUUUCGUAUUCUGUGUGUUGUUGCUUCUUUUGAAUAUCAAGAAACCGGCUUUUCGAUAGUACAAUGGUAAUGUAUACUUGUUCUUCCAUCACAUUAGUAGAAUGAAGAUUACAGUUUCUUACAAUGAUGGAAAAACUCAUUAUAGCUCCUUUUGCA